AAGAAAAGUAGGUACGAGUAUACCACGGAUAUAUAAAAGCCCGAUGGUACUGAUACUUUUUCAUUCCUUAUCACCGAGCAAGAGGUGAUGAUAGGAAACUACUGAAAACGAUCCAUAGCGGAGAAUCAAACGAGGACUGUGUGUAAGUUGAACAACCUAGUUACAAUAUUGACAAAAUUGUAUUGGCCUUAUUGUCUAAUGAAAUGAUGUCAUUGCUCCCUUGAUCAAAACGAGAUGCGACUGUACUUUGACUUCUCUUUCCGACACGUUUCUUUUUAGAAUACAUAUACCCCGGUAAGAUAUACCUUCUAUGUACUAUGUAAGAUUUUCUUUUAGUCUGAUAUUAACAGUAUCAAUUGGAAAUUCAACUUAGCACUGUUCAAAUAUGCAAACGCUUCUGAGCACCGGGAACAGUAUCAAUGUGUACCAACACUUCUCAGAACACGGCGCCUCAACACACUAAAAGCAUAACAUUGGUCAUUUGUCGCUACUACACGCCAGUUUAAAAUCUACGUCGAAGCCUAUAAGGGUCAUAAUUCCAUGAAAAUUCGGAGGGCCUACCACGAACGACGUUUUGCCUCUCUGUUGCACUUGUAAAUUCGUAUAUAAGUGCGACAGAGAUGCAAAACUUAAUUUGUGGUUCGCGGUAGGCCCUUUGAAUCAACACACUGACCACUUGUAUCAGAGUUCAUUCAAAUUCGAUACCUAAACUGUUAAAGAUAGGGAUGCUAAUUCCGUGCAUUGGAUUAAGUAUUACUCAUGUUUUAGUUAAGAUUUAUACGCGACACUGCAGUCAAUUGAAGAGACAAUUGGACAUUAAUUCCGCUUAUAAAAGUAGAGCGGCCAUGUUUAUUAAACAUCGUGACAUCUGCAAUUCGAGUACGAUCAAUUUAAUCGAUUAAAUUGCUUAAAUAGCGUAACAAACUUAUUAUGGCCGAUGUCAACGAACGCUAAUAAAUGUUUAACAGUUUUGGGUACGUUCCGAUAACUUAAUGGUGGGUAAAUUUAGGAUUCUAACAAUUUGACCAAUGGUAAUUGCAAGAGCGGUUAGCAGCAGGCAAACGUAGCGAGAGGAUAAGCAGACAUGCGUAUGCAGUAUUCGAUGUUAAUUAGAACUGUAUUGUAGUAUCUGUAUGUGAUAUGAAUGGUAAUUAACGAAUGGUACAUAACAAAAACGAAUUCUGCCUUUUAAACAACAGACUAGAUACUUGUUCAAAAGGUUUAACUAGGAAACAAAUGUCAUUUAUUCUCUCGCCACGCAAAUUAGGUAGAAAUGCUUAUUUUAGAACAGUCUCUGACCGUUUAUAUGAAACCAAUUUAGGUAUUUAAAGGGUUAAACGUUUUAUAAUCAGGCAGGUACUUUAGGAAAGGAAAACACGAAACGGCCGCUGACAUUAUUACACGCAUACACCUAUUAUUAUACAUAUUAUUUAAUUUUUUCAAGAUUGAGACUGUUCUAGAAAUGAUUUCAGUUGUUAGACGCUGAUGCCAGAGAAAAAAACAAUCGCCAAUGCAAGCUUUUCUGGGCAGACUUACCUGUCACUAAAAAGGCGGCAAAUUCAAAACUAUAAACCUGAGAUCAUUUUAAAUUUCGCAUCUGACGUCAUUUUCAAUGUUGCGCCUUUUUCUAGUGACAGCACAGAUUAGCCAGACUAUAAGCAUCUAUCUGAUCUGACCCGGUGCAAAAGUCUGUGUCAAACAACACGUUAAUCUAAAUAGGUACAUGACGACGGGAGACUUUGCUACCGGCUCGGAUAAACUUGCAGUACUUACCGGAUUACUUAUUAUUCCGUCGUGGAGAUCAUAAAAUUACAAUUUCAAAUGCUUCUGAAACAGAGUAGGGACACAGAAAUUUCGAAACUACACCCAAUAUGAAUUGUAAGUCGCAACUUUCCCUUAAAACACACGAAAUGUGUUGUUUGAUCAAUAUUUAAGUCGUCUGCCAGGGCUCUGAGGAGUGAAUACCAACUAGGUGGGAUUUGUUAUAAUUUGUAUGCUACUAGUUGGUCGAUGUCGUGGUUACUAUGUGAGGAAUUAAGCUGUGUUUUUAGUCUAAAAUUAGGUGGAGUGCGGGUUUUCCAUUAAUUGUUCAGCUUUUCAAGUGUAUAAAGUGACGAUACCACGUUUAUUUGGCAUUAUUGUGAUUCAAUUGACGACAUCCCACUAAAAUUUGGAUUAACCUAACAGAGGUCUAAGCGAUGGCGAUGUGCUAUCAGAAGCACCCGUUUGAAAUAGAGACGGAGGAUCGGCUGACGACCAUAAAUACUAAAAUAUUUGAAAUCAAAAAGAAGAUACAACUUUCAGAGGGCCAAAGAAAGUCCCAUUACGAAGAGAACGAGUCCGAGAAACAACAGAACGUCGAUCUGAUCGAGACCCUCAAGAAGGAGAUCAAGCUCCGGCUCCAGGAGCUGUCAGCAGCGAGGGCAGUGGUGGGGGCCGACGAGGGGCAGGUCAAGAAGUACCUUAGCGAGGUCUGCCCUAUUGCCAACAAGACCUCCGACCAGAUCAUAAACAACCUAGACCUAAAAGUCAUUGAGCAGCGGAAAAUCCUCGACCUUCUAAAAUACGAGAAGAGAAGCAAAAAGAUGAAGCUCAGAGACUUGGAGAAGGAAUACGAGGGGCUUCUGAUAGCGACAACAAGGCGGGUCGUUAAGACUAAGGGGAGUCCCACAAGGAAGCAUGCUUCUCAUUUGGAGAACGAGAUACACAAAGUCCUCAUUCAGUGGACCGAGGCAGAGUUGGUUAAGAAAAAAUAUCAUUCCAUCAAGCAAGCGCUUAUCGAUGAUUCGGUCAAGUUCGAGAGCUCCCUGAGCAGGAUUGAAGAUCUACUAGAGAAACAGAAAGAGGAGAUAUCCAAGUUGGAGUUUGUCCGCGAGGAAGCAGCACUGAUGCGCGUGCGCGCGACGGGCGCGACGGCAGCCGAGGCGGCGCGCGCGCAGGACGCGGAGCACGCGCGCGCCUCCGAGCGCGCGUACUUCGCGCAGCGCUUUGCGGAGCGCCGGCUAGAGCUCGAGAAGCUGGAGAAGAGGAUAUUCCCUCCACAAGUUCGAGCAUUGGUAAGGCAAGACUCGACCAGGUCCACGGACAACGCUGCUAUGACCGAAGAAGCAUCAGCCACGGCGCAAAUGGAAGACGUAUUCCAGAGGCUCAUGAAACUCACAGGUGUAACCGACGCAGAGGAAGUGUUCGACCGUUUCCGAGCGCAGCGGGAAACCUCUAAACGUCUCAACUACCUACAAGCCACUAUAGAAGAGGAGAAACUGCAGCUUGAGAGCACUCAAACCAACCUGCUGGCUGAACUGGAAGCUUUCAAGUUUGCCUCCGUCAAGGAUAAAGAUGAAACGCAAGACCAGAUAACAGCUUUAAAGGAAGAAAUAAAGGCUGAAGAUGAAACCUACUCUGGUCUGGAAAGCGAGCUUGAAGACCUGGACAACCUGCUGCUCGAGAUCAAGAGAUUGCUGUACGAGCUAUGCAAGCUGUUGGACGUGAUCCCCGAGCCACCAGUCCCCGAAUGGACCGCGGAAGCACGCGACGUGCACGCGCUGCUGGGCGUGCUGCGCGCGCGAUUCGAGCACGCCGGCGCGCGCGCUGAAGACGUGCGCGUGCGCCGAGAUGUCAGCACCAUGCAUAUGCCUUCUAAUCCUACUAGCGGAGCGGCGUCCGUGGCCGGCAUCAGUAUGCAGAGCCACAGCACCCCAAAGGAGGCCGAAAACGCGGCCCCGACUUACAAGGAACUGCUGACUAAGGAGCCUGUUAGGCAACCUCCGUCUGAUGAAGAAGAAGAUAUACCAUCCCGAUGUUAUCUGAAGAGGCAAGCGCAGCUGAUCGUGGACACCAAAUGCCGAAGGAAAGGCUUCAGGACUCCAUAUCCAAGACGAUAAAUUUACACACGCACACUGAGGGCUUUCACGGGACUCCCCCCCCCCCCCCCCCUCACACGAAAAUGAACUGAAUGAUUUUAGUCAAUUAUCUACAAGUUGCACGACUACUUAUAGUAAACCCCUCGUAUGCUGCGGCUUGAAAAUGGCUAUUGGCUUGGUGAUCUUAAUACCUAAAACAAUAAAUUUAAAUUCUUGCACAUACGUCUAAGCAUACAAGGGGUUAUUGAGUGAAAUAAAAUGUUGAGUUUAAAUAAAAUUGGUGUUAUUAUUUUAUUCUGUCACGGUGGAUACUAAACUCUUUGGUCACUGGAGUCAACAUGGAGUCCAGUCAAAUUAAAUUGCAAAAUACCUAUCGGCAGAAUAGGUAGGUUUAACCCGUCGUAUGCUCCUGUUAGAUUUGAUUAUUGAAAAAGUGACCUUGACAUUUAGAACAAUAGAUUUAAAUUCCCACGCACGGAUC